CUGUACAUUCAUCAUCAAUUUAUUUUUUUCUAAAGCAUACUAUUGAACUCAUCCCGUUACCUUUAGCGUCCGAUUGCGAUCAUGUUCGAAUACGUGGAUUUCACCAAGCCGAGCUUCUGGUUAUCGGCGGGGAUGAUUGUGUUCAAUCCUACGUUCUGGAAUAUUGCUGCAAGACAAGAAUAUCACAACAAAGUGAUCACGAAGCUCUUCGGAGGCAGCUCCCGCAUAGGUUGCUAUGCCCUCGGUGUGACCAUCUUCUCCAUCGGCAUCAUACGUGACCUUUUGUACGAACGCGCCUUACGCGAGCAGCCCAGCUCCCCCACUCUUGCAUCGUCCCCAAUUGUCAAUCCCUUAGCAGUCAUGCUUUUCGCCUCCGGCAACGUGCUUGUCCUCUCGAGCAUGUGGGUGCUUGGGGUCACGGGUACUUACCUGGGCGACUAUUUUGGAAUAUUGAUGGACGAGAAGGUGACGAGCUUUCCCUUCAAUGUCACAGAUGCGCCCAUGUACUGGGGCAGCACCAUGAGCUUUUUGGCCACGGCCCUGUGGUUUGGGAAACCGGCAGGCAUACUCCUGACCGGCAUCGUUGCGGCGGUGUAUCAAGUCGCUUUGCAAUUUGAGGAUCCGUUCACGGGAGAGAUAUAUGCGAAAAGAGAGCGCGAGAGGAAAGCCGGCAAGAAGCAAACUUGAUCAAAGUUGCCAAUCGGAGCUCGACAAAUACCACGCGAGACGUAACACAGAAUAUAGAAUAUACUACUAGUUCUACUACUGGGAGUGAAAAUUCGACUAAGGGCUACAAGCAAAGGAAUGCUUUCAUAUUGAUAUACGAGGUUGAAUCCUCCAAAAUGAGAUCGAUUCAGGAACGAAAGACUCCUCCAAUGUUCACAGUCAACCUCUGAUUGACGGGUUCGUUCUAAUAAAGCAUUCCAAUC